AUCCCACAGCAGUACAGAAAGAUCGAAUUGGGCCUAGCCAAUGGAGGCUUUAGUACCGUUGUCCAGUGCCAUUUCUUAACUAUUACAACAAGGGCCGAGGCUACGAAGACAGGCAUAAACGAGAGAAAGUUCGUGCGUCUAGUUGCUAAAACAAGAAAUCUAUGCUGUAAUAACAAUGGAUAGAAACAAAAGUCGACUGACAUGCCCAACAUGUAACGAUGUAUUCAAAAACCCAAGAACUUUAAGUUGUGGACACACGUUUUGCUCAAGAUGUAUUUCAAAUUCACCAGAAUACCAUGAUGAAAUGGAUGUCUGCACCAUAUGUGAUAGACAUACAAGCCCUGAACAUUUGGAGUGUGCACCAUACGUACGACACCUUUUGAAAGUGUUUAAGACGCUCAAGCAGGCUGCAGAUGGCCCAAGGUGUCCUUCUUGCACCAGCGAAGUAAUUUCUACAUCCCAUUGUGUAGACUGUGAUGAAUUUUAUUGUCAGGGAUGUUUGAAGAUUCACAACAAGAUUCCUUCAACAUGCAAACAUACAACCUGUUCAUUAAAGGAGUUGCUAACUAAAGAUCAGUUUGCUGUUAAGGAAGCAGAAGUAAUAAAUUGCUCAUCUCAUGUUCUUCCGAUUGAACUUUACUGCAUCACAUGUGAGCAAUCGAUGUGUAAGGCAUGUACCGGCCAUGAUUUCCAUGACGUUGAAGACAUUAAGGCAUCAUUUCAACACUUAGUGAACCAGGCUGAGCAAGUAAAAGAACUGACAGAAGCAAACAUCAUAAAAGUGGACAAAGCCUUAUCAGAGAUUGAAGAAGUAGAACACUUUUUAGAAAAGAACAAAAAAACGUGUCUUGAUAGUUUGGCUGACAUUGAACCUAUACUGUUGAGUGAGGUAAAUCAAGUAAUACAAAGUAUUAAGAACCAACUAGAAGCAGAGUAUGAGAGUAAGGUAUCGCAAGCAGAUACACAAGUUAUGCAUCUGUCUAAAUCUGGAAAAAACCUGACCAAAUCUUUAGAAAUUAUGGACCACUUGACUGAAGUUGACAACCCAGCGUUAGUUAUGGAUGCCUGCGCUAAGAUUGUACGCACAUUGCAGUCGGAGAAUGACAAGGCAAAUAGCCUUGAACCAGUCAUUAACCAGCACAUGAGAGUUUCAUUAGCAGAUGAUAACUUGAUUGACAAUCUCCAGAUAGUGCCUGACAUUGUGUGCCUGAAUGAUUCGAUUGCAAGAAAGUGUAAGCUCUAUGCUGUCACUAGUGAUAUCAUUACGUGUGGUCGUAUGUCAAAAUUUUAUUUACAGACCAACGACAUCGAUGGAAAUGCCGUAACAAUAGGAGGCGCCGAUGUCAGAGCUAUUUUCAAACAUCAUACAGGGAAACAGGUAGAAGCAGAUGUAUUGGACAGGAAUGAUGGCUCAUAUGAUAUCAUAGCUUCUUGUAAUGAUAAUGGAAAAUACUCAGUUAAAGUCUAUGUAUUUAAUCUACAAAUUCCUGACGUGCCCGAGAUCACAGUGGUUCGCUGGGUAACACCCAAAAACGACUAUGUCGUAUCUAAGGGAGAACAAUUCUAUAUAAAUCUCCAAGCCACUGAUGAUUGUGGCAUCAUUUUUCCAAAUGUUCAGGAUAAUUUUAUCGCAGACCUGAUCUCCCCGACUGAUGAUAUCAUCAAUCUGAACGUCUUACGUGGUGAUGGCUCAUAUGAGGUCAAAACUACACUGCUAGGUGAACCAGGUCACUGGAAGAUUUCAUUCCGAAAUGAAAUUGAGAAUAUUACUUGUGUUGAUAUCUACAUGUUGGAUUGGUGUUUUGACAUAACAGAUACAAUUAAACAACUUGAGCAAUGUUUUCAGAUAACUGUCGUAGCAACCACUGCAUCUCCUUUACGCGAUCCAGAAAAUGAACCAGCGAUGGACAUAGCAUUGGAAAAUCCAGACGGGCACGCAAACACACUACGCGCAGUAAAAAUAGACAAAAGAACGUAUCGAUUAACUUUAAAGUGUGAUAGUUUAGGGGAAUGGCUCGUAAGGGCAAGUGUAUUUAACUGGCCUCUUCAGAGAGUUCAUAUUAACAUAAUAGAGUGGACUGUUGAUGCUCUGUCCUCCCUAACAUGCGGAGAAGAUUUUGAUUUCAGGGUCCAGGCAUCUGACGUACACGGAAAUAUAGUACAUACUAACACAGCAUUGAAAUCACAGGUAAUGAGUCCCACAGGUCAGGUUGUAGACCUCCAAGUGAAGCCAUUAGACUGGGGUGUGUUCGUUAUCAAAGGUAAUUUCAAUAUCGUUGGUUUGUGGUCAUUGAAAGUUAUUGCUGAUGAAAUGGUAAUUUCACCUAUUCACAGUAUCAAUGUCUUCAAAUGGAAGUUGGAUGAUGAUUACAUUGUCCUUACACGGGGUGAACCAUUUCAGAGACAGCUAAUAGCUAUCGACUCUAAUGGAGAGACAGUUGGUGAAGCUAAAGGAAACUUUACGGCUGUUUUAAACAGUAACAGUUUCGAGGAUAAUAAAGUUGAUGUAAUGAAUACAUCAAAGGGAUUUUAUUACGUCAAAGGGAAAUGCUUUGAGGUCGGGAUUUGGAAGUUACAAAUUAUGAUUAAUGCAGAUACAAUCAUUGCGGCAUUGGAUAUACAUGUUAUUGAUUGGGCGGUUGACAAAGGUCUUAUCAAAUUGUCAGUUGGACAAACAUUUAAGACUAUAGUAUCAGCAAUUAAUGCUGAAGGACACAAAAUUGUGGUUGAAAAACAAGACGUUUGUGGAAUUCUUCGAAAUCCGAAAGAUCAACAAAGGAAAUCUGAAACUGUUAAACUCGAUGACGGUUCUUACCUUGUGACUGGUGUGUGCAAUGUUGCCGGUUUGUGGACCCUAGAUAUCGCCGUUAAUGGGUACAUAAUCCGUGACAUAGAAGUACUAAUUGAUGCUGUUAAAGAGGAAGCUAUUAAACAUAUUGAGACAAAGUCGCUUUGGGGAAACAAUAACCCAGGAAAUCUCACCGGCUUAGCAAGCUAUUCAUGCGGCAGUGUUCUUCUUUGCAACAAUUCUAAUGAGAUCCUUCAGAUAACUACUACUGGUACAUUCCUGACAAGGAUUUUUCUCCAAGAUGAACAACGCCAGAUAAGUUGCAUUUGUUCUUGUAAAGAUGGCAGGAUUGUCCUUUUAGACAAGGCAAAACGUGAAAUACUUGUUCUUCCCCGAUUUGGUCAAGGCAUUUCCAGCACAUUUGGUAGCACAGAAUUAAUAUUGCCAUUCAGUGUUACCGUCGACGAAAACACUAAUCACAUUUUUGUCGUUGAUCAUUUUAAAAGUUGUGUGUUCAAGUACAGUUUUUCUGGAGAUUUAAUAAAGAUCAUAGUCUCUGGUAAAUCUGCUGGAGAAUUAAAGCAACCAACGUUUGCAGUAAUCAAUAUCGAUGGAAACCUGUUGAUUUCAGACAAUGACAACUGUAGCAUACAAAUUUUUGACAAUGAUGGCGAAUUUAUUAGGUCAUGGAAAUACACAAAAAGUAAAGGAUUCAUGGUUAUGCCACGGCGUCUUCUGAUUCAUCAAGAUGGCAAAAUGGUUAUCACAGGUGAUCAUGACCUUCAGCUGCUGGACGAAAAUGGUAGCCAUAUGAAGACAAUUCAUGAGAACAUCAAUAGAUUGAUGAACCCACAUGGUAUUGCACUAACUUCAGAAAUGCCAAGGCAAGUGGCAUUUUUCGGCUUGGGUUCUAGUAAACUGUUAGUGAAACAUUACUAAAUACGUUAUUAAAAACGUGUCAAUACGGUGUUCUGAAGUACCAUUGUAGUUUGUAAAAGAACAGUCCGUAAAAAGUGCGAUUAUAAUAGUCUAAUGUACAAUAUGUCAAUGAACGGCAUUCCAGAAUAAUUAGGAGACAGUGUUUCUUUUGUUUCAAUGAUUAUUCAAGUGCCUUCAUGAUAAUUUAAAAAAAAAAGAAGAAAAACCGGAAUAGUAAUUUGUACGAACAUUAAAAUUAUUUUGUUUAAAAGAAGAGUAAAUUCAAUGAUUUAGUUGAUUUGAGUUUUUUUAUUUUUUUAUUUUAUGAGGCAUAUCAAAGUUUUAAUUAAUUGUAGAAGAGGGCAGUAUAAGAGUUAUAAUACCUUGCGAAUGACGUUUCAACAAAGUUAGGAAUGACUACAGUAGUACGAUUGUUAUACUUUUCAUCCAGGUUUUAAUUGAUUACCAUAAGAAGACCAAAUUGAAUUCGUUCGUGUUAUCAACACUGUAAGGCUCUGUUUACACUAUCAAAUUUUGUAUGUCCAUAUUUUUUUUUUGUAAUAUGACGUCAUGCCCAUAUAUGGGCACAUCACACAAUGCUUCAACUUACUAGUGUUCCUAUGAUUCCUAUUGAUUUAAUCAAUCAAAGCUCAAUGGUGAUACUGUAAAACCUCUAAUAUAAAUCCUGGGUCACUAUUGUUAAGAAUAAAUUAGAUAUUAGACAAUAAUAACCCACCCAUUUUUCUUGUGCCAACACCACAUGUAACUAUUUAAGUUACUCAAAACAAAUCGCUGGUAGGCGUUAUUUUUACAUCGAUUUAUUGUUGAAGAAACAAAAGCCACAUGUAAAGCAAAAUGUUGAUUUCAUUGUCAAUUUGUAAUUCUGUAUUUUUUAGGCAGUCAAAUAUUAACACCACUACAUUAGCGUAAUGGGUCAUUAUUAAAGAUGAACAUUAUAAAGUGCUGAUAAAGUCAAUAGUAGAGUACUGGGUUUCUAUUAGAAGUUUUACGGUAUCAGUGUUAAUUGUGUUAUAUUUCAACAUAGUUUUAAGAAAUGUACAGUAUGAAGAACUUACAGUGUUUUAUAAUGAUUUACGUUAGGCCUAAUGUUCUCUCUGUCUUGCUACGUAGUUCUAGAUAUAAAAAAUAUUGAAGAUGAACUUUUAAGAUGGGUUGCAAUUAAAGCAUGUGUCAGCAAUACAUAACUGGGUUUCUACUUUACAGUAUCAGCAUGGACCUAGGGUACAUGGUAUCAGUAAUAAUAAUUGUGUUAUAUUUCAAGACAAGGUUUUAUGGCACAGUAGAAAUGUACAGUAUGAAGGAUUUAUUAUGUAUUUUUAAUAAUUUACGUUAAUAUUAUCUCUGUGUUGCUAUACGUUGUUGCAGACUUAAUUAAAAAAAAUGUUAGUUAACCAGUCAA